AUGUCGGAUACCGAGAAUAAGAUGACAGAAAAAUUAGCACAAAUUAUUAGUAGUGAAAGCUACUAUUACAUUGCUGUGAAAGGCUCUCCUUUUGCGGUCGACUGUGCUGUCUUUGGCUUGACGAGUGCCGAAGUUUUGGCCCUUUCUAAAAGAUUCCCUCCCACGGGAGCUGAAAUUGUUAAUGGCAUUGUCAUCAAAGGGUCACCACUGUGCGUCAUAAAUACUCUGUCCGAGCUGGGCUACAGAGUCGUUUGCAGCACUGCUCAAACGGGCGACAUAUCCAGAGUCCGGAAUUUCUUGGGCAAGGGCGUGUGCGCGGACGUGCUCGAUUCGGCGGGCUACACGUCCUUGCACUACGCGGCCCGCAACGGCCACUCGAACGUCUGCCAGGAACUGUUGAGCCACGGAGCCGACCCUAACACCAGGACCCGGUCCGCUCGAGCGACACCUUUGCAACGAGCUGCGAUGCAAGGGCACCUGGACGUCGUGAAGAUUCUGCUCCAGGCAGGGGCCGACCCGAAUGUCCAGGACGACGACGGGUACACGGCUAUGCAUCGGGCUGCCAUUGUCGGGGAUUCGGCCGCGUGCAAGAUUUUGCGGCCCAUCACUGAUGCGACUCUCAAGGACAAGAACGGGCGGACCGUCGAGGAUUUGGUGUCGCGGGGAUUUUCCAAGGAAUAA